AUGACACUGUGCCGCGAUUUGGAUCGUUCACUGAAUGAUCUUCUAAUUGAUUCGGUGUCUGUACCGUUUGACUUCCCGAAUUUGUGGAAAGAAGUUACACAGAAGUGUGGUAGCAUCUUAAAGUGGGAAUCAGUGUUUAUCGGUGAAAAUGGACCGCAGGAAAUGUGCAACACUGUGAUGGACGCGUACGUUCUCGUGUACCACCUCAUUUCCCACCCGUGCAGCAACACCCCUCUUGUCAAGGUCAAUGGCAAGGAGAUCUGGGAAGGGCAACAAAUAAUGGCCGUGUAUUCCCUUCAAGGCGCCAUUUUUGAGCAGCAUUUGCUCAAUAACGUAAUUACAGCAUUUGGCCAGGAAGACGACAUCCCGACGAUCCAGACCUACGUCCGUCUUUGGCGCUCUUUUCUCGUUGCGGUGGUCAACAUUAAAACCGUGUUUUCUUCUUUGGCCGACAAGUGGUCGCUUCUAGGGCUAGAGGAAAAUCCUUUGGACCGAACGGAAGACAUUGCGUUGCGGAAGUGGUCCACAAUCGUUCUUACUCCUCACGUAGUCUCGCAAUUGCGCAGAGAGUUGCGCGCGCUACUGGCCGGGGAACGAGCUGGGGGAUGCGCACCCGAUUUGUCGUUCGCGGUGGAAAUCAAAGAUGAGCUUUCCAUGCUCCCCGACUCCAAUUACUACCGCAGUAUUGUUGAGGUGGACUACAUUCGUGAUAUGUGUGAGCAUUCCUGGUCGAAAGCGCGCAGCAUUGCGGAGAGCGAUUUAUUCGAAUACGCCAAGGUGUGUCUCGACUUGAUCGAGGAAGAACUCAUUAGGGCCGGAAAAUUUCUCACCAACAAAGACCAUGCCGUCGACCGGCUCGUGGAAACGUUGGUCGACGACCACAUUAAUUUAUUUCAAGUGGCAAAGGUUUCGGAAUGGCAUGACGCUGCGGGACAGCCGGAGGCAGACUUGAAGUUGCAAACUUUGUUCCGCUUGCUGUGGUGGAGCAAGGGAAAAGGCGCGCCGCUGAUGGAGGGUAUUUUCAAGGACAGCGUAGCCCGCUGUACGGCGGCGCAGCUCAGUAAAGCUGUUCAGACUGCUGCCGAGGUUGCGGAUACCUAUGCACACAUCAUCGAAAGCUUUGCCUUGAUUGUCAAGAAGUACCGAAACGUCGUGAGGUCUGUCUUUGGCAACAACGGCUGCAUGCUGGAGGCGAUGGACGAGGGACUGCACAGCGGCUUUGUCAACAUGCACUCUGUUAACUUCAAGAAACUCGCCGACCGCUUGGCAGCUCUUUCGAAUUCUAUUCUCGGCAAGUCAGGCGCGACAAAGCUGCAGAUGGAGGAUAUUAUUAGUGUCUACUACUUUCUGCCAGAUGCGGAGAUCGCUGCGAAAGACACGUUUCUUGUUUCUUACCAGGCACACCUUGCAAAGCGACUGCUGUUACACCAUUACGACGACAAGCGAGAGCAGCGCGCGAUGGAGCAGCUCGUUCAGGUCAAACAGAGUCCCAUUCUCUUCUGCUGCCGCAGCAUGCUGAAGACAACACGGAACCACAGCAUUUACAUUGGUGCUUCCACGACGAACCACGUCCUCGUGAAUCCAGCGCUGCUUUCCAGAGGGACGUGGCCCAGUGUCCCCCACUCCGUUGCAACGUCUGGAAUCCCACCAGCCUGUUCUCACGAGAUCGAGAUCGCAAAGGAGCGAUGCAUGAAGAUGCGUCACGGCCAGAAGAUCGAUUUCUCUGCACCGUAUUCCUGCGGUGUAGUGCGGAUGCAACUUCCCCCAGGCACCGGGUCAAAUAGGACGACUGUUCAGCUGAAACUGUCAUUUGUGCAGAUCUGCAUCGUUGACCGGCUCAACAUCAAGACAGAGUGGGGCUUCCGCGAGUUGUGCGACGCUCUCAAAGUAAACGAGGGAGACUGUUUGUCGGCGCUGACGCCACUCGUGAAAGCCACGGUGGUCCAGCUGGAUGGCGCACCUGGGCCCGCAUGCAAGGUGUCUCUAGGGCGAUGCAACGGCCUUGUGGGCGACGUGGUGGACUUGAUGCCGCUCGAGUUCCACGCGUUUGCGCAGAGUGCCGCCGUAAAGUUGCGCGAGCAGCGGGCGCCGCCGAACGCCGCCAGAGCAAACCCGCAGAGACUGGAGAGUCAGGUGGUGCAUUUGCUGAAGCAGAACGGUGCCCUGGCGGCCGAAGAGCUGCUGACGUUACUUACCGCGGCGAUGGUGCCACUCACGGUGCCACGAGGUGAGUUGAAGCGCGUGCUGGAGAAGCUCAUUGAGCGUGGGCUUGUUGUCCGCGAUGGAACCCAUCGUAAAUUCUCCUAUUCUCCCUAA